AUGGUCAACGAUCGAUGGAAAGACAUGGGGAGAGCGUCUCCCCUCGAGGACGGGCAGCAGGAGAAAUCCCAGAGAAUGAGCUGCGGCUACAUCCUGUGCACGGUCCUCCUGUCUGUGGCCGUCCUCCUGGCCGUUACCGUCACCGGCGCCAUCCUCUUCAUGAACCACUAUCACACCCCUGUCACGGAGUCCCCGCCCAUCAUCAGCACCAACCCCGAGGAGGCCAAUGCCCUGGUCACCAUCGAGAAGGUGGACAGCUCCCGCAUCAACAUCUUCAUUGACCCCAACUGUCCGGACCAAGCCGGCAGCUUCACCCGCCUGGAGGGCUUCCAGUCCUCCGUGCUGCGGGCCGUGACAGACCACGACACUGAGAUGAAGUCAUCCAAGGGGCAGGAGCGGGCCCUGCUGGUCACUGUGGCGGAUGAGGUGGCCAAGCUCCUGACCCACGCCACUCAGCUGAGAGCCGACUGUGACAUCCUGAAGAAGGGACACAACGCUAUGGGGCAGGAACUCAACGCCCUGCAGAACGAGCAGGGGCGGCUGAUACAGCUGCUCUCGGAGAGCCAGACCAACAUGGCUCGGCUGGUGAGCUCUGUCAGCGACGUCCUGGACACGCUGCAGAAGGAUCGAGGCAUGGCCAGGCCUCGGCUCAAAGCCGACCUGCAGAGACCUCCAGCCCGGGGAGCCCGGCUCCGGGGAUGUUCCAAUGGCUCGCGGCCCCGGGACUGCUUUGACAUCUACGCGAGCGGACAACAAGAGGACGGCAUUUACUCCAUCUUCCCCACUCAUUAUCUCUCAGGCUUCCAGGUCUACUGCGACAUGACGACGGACGGAGGGGGGUGGACGGUUUUCCAGCGGCGGGAGGAUGGCUCGGUGAAUUUUUUCCGCGGAUGGGAAGCAUACCGGGAUGGAUUCGGGAAGCUGACGGGAGAGCACUGGCUAGGGCUGGCACGGCUCCACGCCCUGACCACGCAGGCCAGCUACGAGCUGCGCAUCGACCUGGAGGACUUUGACAACGGCACGGCCUUCGCCCAGUACGGCACCUUCGGCGUGGGCCUGUUCUCCGUGGACCCGGAGGAGGACGGCUACCCAGUCACCAUCGCCGACUACUCCGGAACAGCAGGAGACUCCUUCCUGAAGCACAACGGCAUGAAGUUCACCACCAAAGACCUGGACAACGACCAUUCGGAGAACAACUGCGCCGCCUUCUACCACGGGGCCUGGUGGUAUCGCAACUGCCACACCUCCAACCUCAACGGGCAGUACCUCAAGGGCCACCACAGCUCCUACGCCGACGGCGUCGAGUGGUCCUCCUGGACGGGCUGGCAGUACUCCCUCAAAUUCACCGAGAUGAAGAUCCGGCCUGUCAGAGAGGAGAAUUAG